UGAGCAGGCGAUGUUGCGCAAAUGUGCGAGUGUAAAGAGUUUUGCUCGGUGUAUUAUUUAUUGAUUGUUGAAAAACAAUGGCGGGCGCUUGCUGGCAGUGAGUCAGUAGGUCAAGGGUGCGCUGGCCUAGUUACGCAGUGCCGCGCGCCGAAAUUCGCGGGCUUACCAGUUGCUAACCUCACUCGGUAGGGAGGGGCUAACUUGUGCCUAACGUGUAUUUGGGCCAAGCUACAUCACUAGCAGGCCGGAUCUGGAGCACGCGACACGCCAACCGCUUCUCCUUACAUAAACCCAAGUUUAAGGUCGCCUAGAUGUUGCCUGUUUGGACAAGUCAAGUGCUCUGAAUGCCAGUCACCCACAUCACUAGUUAUGACAACAUACCACCCGCGGCUACGCCACUAGAUCGAACUUGUACCUACAUUCCAAAUUAAGCGCUAGUAGCUACGAUCACUAUUUGUGGUUUAUUGAUAAAUUAAUUUCACGCUAUACAUCCUUGACUGCCGAGGUCGUGAAAGUAAAUUAUGAAUGAAGUAAUAUACUCUGAUGAUUACCAGAAUUUAUAACACGCAGUUCAUUACACAUUUAAAUAUUACUUCCAUAACGAACUGUUUCAGCGCCAUCUACCGGUGAGUAGAAUAACUUUCGCUAACAACAUUUCCCUAGCUACAAAGAAUUGAUUAAACAGUAUUGCUGUAGUUACUGCCUUGCAAAAAGAUAUCAAUAUUAUAAAAUACAGAGUUUUCAGGUAUUUUAAACAUGGAUGAUCCAGAGAAAAGAAUACCAGUGCUGUGUUUAGGACCAAAAGGUUCAGGAAAAACCACAUUACUGAAGAAACUGCAAAACGCUGAAGGAAUAGAUAACACGUACAGCCCCGUACCAACAGUAGGAACAAAUAUUUACGAUGUAUAUUACAUUAACAAACACGGGAAGAAACAAGUGCUUUUCAUUAGAGAAGUGGGCGGUGAGAUGGCGCCACUGUGGCACAAUUACUUGGACGGAGUCGAAAAGAUAAUUUACGUAGUCGACACAUCCAAUCUAUGUCAAAUAUCAGCGGCUGCUGUACUACUUUAUACUUUGUUAGCUGAACCAAGACUUAAAAGCGCUAAAUUCAUCCUAGUCUUGAGCAAAAUGGAUGCAGCUUACAGGCAGAUGCGCAAUGAGGCGCUGCUGAUGCUCCAAUACGCCAGGCUCAACACAGAGCUAUCUAACGCACCCAUACUGCUCGAGGCAGCACCCCUCACGGGCGAGGGCAUGGACCAACUAAAGGCUGUCCUCUGCGACAUCAAGAUUGUGAAUACUUUUUAA